AGAAAUUGAGAAUGUGAUCUCACCUGAGGCAAAGAGCGAGCACACACGCGAUCCUCCCUAUAUAUGCGCGUGUGAUUGUGUAGUGGAAUAUUCCCGCGGGAAAAUUCAGUUUCUCAGCGAGCUUUUUCAGCCAUGGCGGACUCCGGAAUAGUCGAGAAGGUGGAAAGAGGCGGAGCAUCCAAAGCUAAAGAGAAACUGACGGUGGAGGAGUACCUGAACUUCAUUGACAGCAACAAGCAGCUCGACCUAAUCGUCGCUCAUCUCAGAGAGAAUCGCCACUGUGUCAUCGCGCGAUUCACGAAUUCGUUGAUUUUUUUCCAGAUUGUUGACAUGCAUGGAUUCAAAUCAUUGCAGAAAACUUCCAAGAACAUCGUGUUAGAGGCCGUAGAUUCACUGGAGCUCAUAGGGCUUGGGCGGUCAACCCUGGAAGAACAGGGCGUUUCAUCUCACGUGGAUUUCACAGUGAAAGAGGUGAUGGAGGACCUUGCUGCUCUCAAAUGGCAGGAGUGCUGCGUCACUUCUCUCCAGACCUUCAACGGAGGCAACCGCGUAUCCACUCAGAUCCAGUUCAAGAGAUAUGAAGUUCAGGAUCCAGAUCUGGUCAUCUCGAAAAACGGGACGGAGAAGAAGAAACAGAAGGCCAGUCCCGCCCUGCCGGCGGGAAGUGACGGCGAUGCAGAGAAAUCGGUGGGUUCGUGCUUAUCGGCGAUCACCGGCGGCGGAGGGAAAUCCGGGAAGAAGCCUGAUGGGAAGAAAAGAAAGAGAAUGUUGAAGGAUAUACUUCAAAGCUCCGCCCACACAUUUCAGGAGCAGAGCUGAUACAGACAAUUCUUCAACUGUUAACACUACGGCGAAGGCGGUCAGUUCAAUUCCAUUCUCAAACUUCUAAUCUAAGCUAAAGCUUAAUCCAUUGCAACAGAUGGAAUGAAAUUAUAAUGUGUUU